AUGUCCUUGUCCAUUGAGCGCGCUCUCACCGCUGUUUCUCUCAUCGCUAUCACCAUGGCCUCUCCAAUUCUUGCUCAGUCUCCCUCUCCUUCUCCAGAGCCAGAGUCAGGUCUCCAGCCAUCUCCCCGCCGAAGCUGUUCGCCGAGUCGCGAGUCAAGCACCUCCACCCGUUCCUCUCGUUUCCGCUUUGUCAGGAAACCCUCCUUCAUGCACGACCACAACCAGAGCCCAGAGCCCACAAAGCACCACCACCACGGGCCUCUUCACGACCUCAAGCGUUUCCUCAACCACCAUAUACCCCAUCCAAGCCACCCACCACACUCAAAUCCACAGUCUCCAGCUUCUCCCCCAGCCAGGCCUCGCGGAAACUCUGUUCAGGAGCCCUCUUCUCCAGUUGCACACCGCUCACCUAAACCUGUCAAGCAGAGCAAGGACCGAACGCCCUCACCCACGCCCUCGGGUUCCCCCCGUUCAGAGUUUGUGCCCCCACACCACCAUCAGCAUCCCAUCACUUCCCUCCAUGAUGCAACUCAGGCCCAUCUCUCCAAAAAGUACGGCAAGUGGGGUAGGGUUCUAGGCAGUGGUGCAGGUGGCACAGUUCGUCUUAUCAAGGGCAAGAACGGCGGCCACGUCUAUGCAGUCAAGGAGUUCCGCCCAAAGCGUCCAGGCGAGACAGAAAAGGAGUAUCAGAAAAAAGUCACCGCUGAAUUCUGCGUCGGUUCGACCCUCAAGCAUCCCAAUAUUAUAGAGACUGUCGAUAUCGUCUUUGACCAUGGCCACUAUUAUGAGGUCAUGGAAUUCGCUCCUUUUGAUCUCUUUUCGGUCGUCAUGUCUGGCAAAAUGUGUCGUCCAGAGAUCUAUUGCGUCUUUCGCCAGAUAUGCGACGGUGUAGAGUACCUCCACGAAAUGGGUCUCGCCCACAGGGACCUCAAACUCGAUAAUUGCGUCAUGACCUCUGAAAACGUCGUCAAACUUAUCGAUUUCGGUACCGCCACCGUCUUUCACUAUCCGGGCAAAAACCACACCCCUGCCACUGGUAUCGUUGGCAGUGAUCCCUAUCUCGCUCCAGAGGUCCUUAACGGUGAGGCUUAUGACCCAAGAAAAACAGAUGUAUGGAGUCUCGCCAUCAUCUUUCUCUGUAUGGUCCUGCGCAGAUUUCCUUGGAAAAUUCCUGAUCCAAAGACCGACCCAAGUUUCAAGGCCUUCGUGAAUGCUCAUCCUGAUCUGUCUGUCAAGCCUCCCCCAAGAGUUGCCAAGCAGCAACAGCUCCUUUUGGCUGAUAAUCGCAAGCUUUCCCCCGCACGAGGCUCUACUCUCCCUCCUAAUGUACAUUCUAAUCAUGUUAGAGCCCCCAAGGAGCGCAGCUCAACCACCGUCCCAGAGCAGCUAGAGUCUUCCAGCAAUUCCUCAGAGACUACUUCCAUACUUACAGACUCGUCCGGAUCAGAUUCCCAGUCUACUGCCAUCACGGAUCCCCCAUCGCGAUUCGUUAGUGGGACUGCAGGUGCCAUUAAUCCAAAUGAUCUCUCAAAGAGGCAGACCCACCUCUUGGACACGCUUGAGAACGUACAGCAUCUCAACUCGCAGAGCACAACCACCCUCCCCAACCUCGGAUUCUUUAGUCAAGUCCCAUCAGAGAGCCCAGAGGAUCCCUCGGUGCUCAAGUUUGCCAGGCCAGGAAACUCUACAGAGUCCCUCCCACUGAGCCCGUAUCUCAAUUGUGAUAUGCUGACCCCACGCGGUGCGCCCGCAUCCAUGAAUUUCCCCGCUCGCCCCAUCCUCGCCUCGCGCGCUGCGUCGGAUGGUCAUCUGACGCUCACCAGCACGGAUACCACCGCAAACGCUCCACCUAGUCUAGCGGACAUCCAGGAUGGAGAGGAGGAUCUAACGCCGCUUGCGCAGGUCCCCGCAACACCGGGCGUGGUCCCGCCCACACCGAUCAGUCCGCCAGCCUCGGAGAGUACGCCCACGCCGGAAAAUAACCGCGGCAAGACAAGCUCGACGGCGAUGGUACAGCCGCCGAAGCGGCAGCGACAGCGCUCGGACAGCGUUGCGACGUUCCAUGGAGGAGGGUCCGAGUCGAUAUUUAGACUGCUCCCACGCGAGACGCGGCCGGCGCUGCGCCGCAUGCUGUUCGUUGAGCCGGCCUCGCGGUGCACGCUCACAGAUUUGCUCAAGGGUAAGGGCAAGACGAGCGGGUUGUUGUGUGGGUGUCUGGUAGGCGAGGAAAAACUGUUGAGCACGGGAACGGGGAACGAUGGGAACUCGGGGCAUUGUAUCGACCAUGAUGAGCACGAUGCUGCGGACGAGGACGAUGGAGAUGAGUGGUUGAAGGGGAUUGAGCCAUGUUCGGCGGCAGGCGUUGUACCCAAGCAUGUACAUAUCAAGGUGGCCGUAGACGAGAAGCAGACGAAGCGCAAAUUUUUCUAG